AUGCUUGACCCAAAUUUCGUGUUUCCCGUUCGCGAUCUCGAGAGUGCUCGUGUCAAGUUGACACCAUUCGACCCUCUCUUGCACGGAGAGGAAUACUUUCAGAAAAGCAAAGAAGUUCCAGAGAUAUACAAACUCUACCAUUCCGGUCCGUUCAACUCAAGAGAGGAAUUUUUCGACGAAUAUAUCGAGGAAAGGAUUCAGAAAGAUCCAAAUUCAGUCCUAUUUGCUAUCUUGGAUAAAACUAGUGAAAAUCAACUAAUCUCGCUGCCAGAGGGCACUCCACGUCUCGCGGGGACUAUCGGCCUCUUGAACACCAAACUAGUGAAUCAGAGUACAGAGAUCGGAACCAUUGUCGUCUUCCCCGAAUUCCAGAAAACGCACGUAACAUCCAACGCGAUCGGCCUCCUUCUACACUAUUGCCUCGAACUUCCUGCCGAACACGCCAAAGGCGAACUCAAGUAUGGUCCGGGCCUCGGAUUGCGACGCGUGCAGUGGACAGCACAUGGGGAGAAUACCCAGUCUGUUCGUACUGCGGAGCGCAUGGGAUUCCGAAAGGAGGGUUUGAUGCGCUGGGAUAGACCAUUGAGAGAAGGAAAGAUCGGAUUGCACGUAUCUCCUGAGCGUGCGGCCGUUCGUGCGGGCGUCGGAAUACAUAUCUGGAUGUUGUCGUUGUGCUGGGAUGAUUGGGAACUUGAUGGAACUUGCGCGGCCGUGCAGCAGCAGAUGGAUCGUUAA